UCUGCUAAAUAAUCUCUGGCAUACUGCUGUAAAACAGUUUCAAGUACAUAAUGCAUUUAAAGUGAGACAACAGGGUUGAUUAAUCAGAUGUAGGUAUUAGUUCUCAAACGCAUCAACACUUCAGUCCAGCAGGUGGCGAGAAAGCGCCAGAAAUGGUUUUGCAAACCACCAGAAAACACAAGAAGAACUCCUUUCGAGCGAUCAGUUUGAUGUUCAUCAUGAGAGAGCGGAUGGAUGUGAUCCACGCUGGAGAACAGCAGAUGCUGCAGAUACCAGUGAAGAUGUGUUCAGUGAAGCUGCUGGACUGCAGGAACCUGAUAAAGAUGAGAGGAGAAAUCAAAGUAGAGGAACAACAGAGUGAUGAUGAUGAUGAUGAAAUCAAAGCAGAGAAACAACAGAGUGAGGAAGAUGAUGAUGAUUUUUUUCCUUCAGAGCUGAUGGAAGUGAAAGUGGAAAGUCAAGAACUGAAUGAAGUGGAGGAGAAACAUCAUGAUUUCAUAACUGGAGAAAAAUCUUUGAGUUGCUCAAAGACUGAAAAUAAUUUAUCUACAGAAAAUCCUCAAAGAAAAGCAGACAAGAAAUCUCUUACCUGCUCUCAGUGUGAAAAGAAUUUCACAUCUAAAGGAGAUCUUAAUGUACACAUGAGAAUUCACACUGGAGAGAAGCCUUACACAUGCUAUCAGUGUGGAAAAGGUUUCCUAGAUAAAGGAAACCUUAAUAAACACAUAAGGAUUCACACCGGAGAGAGGCCUUACACAUGCCAUCAGUGUGGGAAACGUUUCAUACAUAAAGGAAACCUUAAUUAUCACGGAAGGAUUCACACUGGAGAGACACCUUACACGUGCCAUCAGUGUGGAAAAGGUUUCAAAAGUAAAGGAAACCUUAAGUCACAUACAAGAGUUCACACUGGAGAGAAGCCUUACAUAUGCCAUCAGUGUGGAAAAGGUUUCAAAAGUAAAGGAAACCUUAAGUCACACACAAAAGUUCACACUGGAGAGAAGCCUUACACAUGCCAUCAGUGUGGAAAGGGUUUCAUAGAUAAAGGAAACCUUAAUUAUCACAUAAGGAUUCAUACUGGAGAGACGCCUUACACGUGUCAUCAGUGUGGAAAAGGUUUCAAAAAUAAAGGAAACCUUAAGUCGCACACAAAAGUUCACACUGGAGAGAAGCCUUACACAUGCCAUCAGUGUGGAAAAGGUUUCAUAGAUAAAGGAAACCUUAAUUAUCACAUAAGGAUUCACACUGGAGAGAUUCCUUACAUGUGCCAUCAGUGUGGAAAAGGUUUCAAAAGUAAAGGAAACCUUAAGUCACACACAAGAGUCCACACUGGAGAGAAGCCUUAUACAUGCCAACAGUGUGGAAAAGGUUUUAAAAGUAAAGGAAACCUUAAUUGUCACGUAAGGAUUCACACUGGAGAGUAGGGAUGCUGCAGAGUGAGUUUUUGACGGUUAGAAAAAGUUGCGGAUAACCGUUUUUAUGAUUAUUUGAUAAUUUACUUAUUAUGCAUCAGCACUGAUGCAAUAAAUGCAUAUCAUACCACAAUUGAACGUCUUAGUGGACGUAUUUCUGGGGGAUAUGGAUGCUAAGGGCAGCCAUACAAUAUGAAAACUGAUAAAUACACAAAAAAUUGGAGCGUCUGUUAUUAUAUACCUCCUAUCUAGGGCACAACACCUCUUAUGCGCAUCCCAAGCUCAGUAAUGUGCUUCAAUGUAACCAGAGUGCUUCAAAAGUGCAUAACUGUAAGAUUAUUUUGGAUGCACAACAUGUGGACUGUCUGAUCAUGAAUAAAAUUUACAUUUAUUGUUGAAUGCGGUGAAUUUGUACAGAAGCAAUGCAUUAAAUAAUGAGGAAGAUUUAAGAUGCAACUUUUCAAAGUUUACUCACUGAUAGUAACUACACGCAAUGCACCGUGUGCUGUCAGCACACUUAAACAUUACAAAGUUGCAUCUUUUAAUUCAGCACUUUAAAAUUAACACAGCUAAAAAUAUUGAACUUACUAGUUUGUGGGAGUCACGUGGCACCAUGCGAGGGUUGGUUGCUUGAAAAAUGAGCAAUCACAGGCCUGUGGGGACAUUAAAAAACACUUACGCUCGCACAACGUCAGACGCCUCACAGAAUCAAGAUGGCAGAGGUCCAGUCGAUAGUGACAGCAGCGAGCUUCAUGACGUAGGUAGGGAUAUCUUGAACAUUUAUGCAACGCUGAUGAAAAUCUCUAAUGACAUGAAGAGCCUCACAGAAAUACGUUGAGCAUUCACAUCUAUGGAGGCAAAACUUUCCACCCUGAUCACAGAAUGGAUGAUGUUGAAAAACGGGUCGGCCGAAAGAGAGCUACCCCGCCUGCUUCCAAGGCUGAUGUGGAAUGCGUGUGGGAAAAACUAGAGGAUAUGGAAAAUCGGAGUAAGCGUAAUAAUGUUUGUAUCGUUGGAAUCCCCGAUGGAAAGGAAGGUCAGGAUAUGGUGAAGUUUUUGGAUGGACUUAUUCCGAAUUUGAUCGACAGCUCGAGAUAGAGCACGCCCACAGAGUUUACUGUCAGCUUUCUGCUGCGGGUGACAGACCCCGAUCUAUCCAGGCAAGAUUCUUGCGGUCGGCUGACAGAGACUUUGUUUUACGAGUGGCAAGGAAUAAAUGCAAAUUGUGCUGGGAGGACCACAACAACAUGGUUUUUCUGGACUUUGUGUAAAAAAAAAAAAAGUGUGUAAAAAAAAUUGCUGCACCAAUAGAAGUUAAGCUUCGCACUGCUCUAUCCGGCUAAGCUGAGAAUUGAUGGCAAGGAUGGGCGUAAGACUUUAACAUGCCCACGACAAGCUAUGGCCUUUAUUAAAUCAAUGAAGUGAGUGGGUAACUUUGCCUGCACUCGAUCACCAGUACAGACUACACAUCGUGCAUUUUACUGAUGCAGCCAGAGAGGGUUUUUUGCUCUGUUGUCUGCCCACUGGCCUCCUGCCUGACUCUUUUGUUUCCUUUCAGUUUUUUUUUCUCCCUUUGUUAACUUGCUGUAGAGCUCAUUUGCUCAUGUUGUAGGUGCGAUGUUAUUGUUUACUGGGGCCUAUUUUUUAUUUUUUUAUUUUAUUGAAAAUAUUUAUGUACAAUUGAAUGGCACGGUUUAUGUAAAGAAAAAAGGGAAAAAACAACAAAACAAAAAAAUUAUAUAUAUAUAUACAUAUGUAAAAAUCACCAGACUUGAGUAAUCUGGUAGCAAUAGUGUCGUGGAAAUUCUUGUGAGCGUGCAUGGACUGUUGGAUUUCAGAGCGAUGGACACCAGUUGGGACUGUUAUGCACGAGUUUGAAGCGCAUUUUCUUUCUGUUCUGAAAGGAUUAAGGAUGUUAUGGUUACAGUUGGAGAUUGGUCUAUAUAAUUAAUAAUAUAAUAAUAUAUAAAGACACCUGGCCUAUUGGUCUCUUCCAUCUGAGAGAGCCCCUCCCUGGUACAACAAUGAAGAAGCGGUCUCUGCCCCAAUUUUACCAUUGCAAAGUCUUUCUAUUAUAUUGCCUAGAGAUGCAAAAAUGCAUUCUAUUAUUUCAGAUUUAUGUUCAGUAUGGACAGAAAUUUCUCGCAUGUUCAAUUCAGAUACUUACCUAAAUGUUUACUCUAGUAUAUGGCUUGAAGAAAACACAGAAUGUAAUGCUCUAUGUAUAUCUGUUACUGACGGGAGGUUAGGCACUGCUUUCUGUAUGGUCAGGGUCAAAAGGAUCAGAUAGGUUCUGCUCCUAAUUUGGAAUCUUACAAAAUACAACCUGCACAUUCCUGCAGCAUGGUGCUUUGUGUCUGAACUUGUUUGUGGCAGAUCUUUCAACUAUUUUUAGCGCUGUUGAUCCAAAACACAAAUGGUUUUCAGUAAUAGAUAUGGCCAAUGGGUUUUGGUCAGUUCCGAUUUCUGUGGAAGUUCAAACUUGGUUUGCUUUUACAGUUCAAAGUCAACAGUUCACUUUUACUUGAUUACCACAAGGGCUUCACAAUUCCCCUACUAUAUAUCACCAGGCGUUAAAAAGAAAUUUGGAUCAAUUCAAAUCAACAUCUGCUAUUAUUCAGUAUAUGGAUGAUAUUCUGAACUGUUCGGAACAUUCAGAACUACAUGAAGCUGAUGUGAAACGUUUGUUUGAUUUUCUAUAUAUUAAAGUACAUAGAGCAAGUUUGAAAAAGGCACAGCUUUUUCAAUUGGAGGUUGUGUAUUUGGGACAAUGCUUAACUCAAGGCGAGCGUAAAAUCACUCCGGGUCGCACUGAGGCUAUUAAAGCUCAUCCGCAACCAAAAACAGUCCAAAAUUUUAGAUCCUUUCUAGGCCUAUGCAACUACUGCCGUAAAUGAAUAGAAGGGUAUGCAAAGAGGACACAACCUUUAACCAGAAUGCUUAAGGGUAAUCCCAGAGCACAAGAUGAUGUCACAUGGGACCUUGAGAGCCAAUCAGCAUUUCAAGAUCUAAAACAAGCUCUGUGUUCAGCACCAGCUUUAGGCACUCCUGACAGCAGAAAGCCUUUCAUCCUACAUAUGAAUGAACAUGGCUACAUGACUGCAGUCUUAAUUCAGGAAUGGGGAGAUCAAUUUAAACCUGUAGGCUAUUACUUGCAACAGCUAGAUGCAGCAGCUUAGAUUUGGGGGCCUUGUUUAUGAUCAGUACAAGCAGUCUACCUAGUGCUUCAAAGUGUCACACCUGUAGUGCUAGUUCAACAACUAAUUAUUCGUUGCCCACAUUCAGUACACGCUGUAAUUACAUUGGAACACAUGGCAAGGGUAACUUUUCCGCAAUGGACUAAAUGGUCAACUGCUUUAGAACUGUCAAAUAUUACUGUUGAAAAAGCUACUCUAUCAAAUCCAGCAACAUUGCUUGCACCCUCAGAUCCUUUGCCUGAUAAUCAUGAUUGUGUAGAAAUAGUGCAAGCUAUGAUAAUAGAUGAAUGCUUAGAUACGCUUCCCAUAACCAAUGCAGAAAUAACGCUGACGGGUCAUCUGUGGUGAUGGAUGGAGAACGAAAAGCAGGAUGGGCUGUAACCACAGACUUUGAAGGUUCCUUACCUCCAGGAACCUCGGCCCAACAAGCAAAAUUAAUAGCCUUGACUGAAGCAUGCAAAAUGGCUGAAGGAAAAACUGUUAACAUUUAUAUAGAUUCUAGAUAUGGCUUCUGUGUGGUACAUGACUUCCGAGCGGCAUGGCAACACAAAGGUUUCCUAACAGCAGCUAAAAUUCCAAUAAAGUAUGGCUAUGAGGUUGAAGAACUUCUUAAAGCUUUGCAGCUUCCUCAGCAGGUCGCUGUUCUAAAAAUAAAGGCCGAUGCUAAGACUGAUACUACAGAGGCUAAGGGAAAUGCUUUGGCAGAUGCAGCAUCAAAAUCUGCAACUACACAACCAUACAUUUCUUCUCAGUGCCAGUUACAAGUAAUAACUCAUCCCUCUCAGCUUGCUGAGAUACACUAUAUUGCCAAAAGUAUUCGCUCACCCAUCCAAAUAAUUGAAUUCAGGUGUUCCAAUCACUUCCAUGGCCACAGGUGUAUAAAAUGAAGCACCUAGGCAUGCAGACUGCUUCUACAAACAUUUGUGAAAGAAUGGGCCGCUCUCAGGAGCUCAGUGAAUUCCAGCGUGGUACUGUGAUAGGAUGCCACCUAUGCAACAAGUCCAGUCGUGAAAUUUGCUCGCUACUAAAUAUUCCACAGUCAACUGUCAGUGGUAUUAUAACAAAGUGGAAGCAAUUGGGAAUGACAGCAACUCAGCCACGAAGUGGUAGGCCACGUAAAAUGACAGAGCGUGGUCAGCGGAUGCUGAGGCGCAUAGUGCGCAGACGUUGCCAACUUUCUGCAGAGUCAAUCGCUGCAGACCUCCAAAGUUCAUGUGGCCUUCAGAUUAGCUCAAGAACAGUGCGUAGAAAGCUUCAUGGAAUGGGUUUCCAUGGCCGAGCAGCUGCAUCCAAGCCAUACAUCACCAAGUGUAAUGCAAAGCGUCGGAUGCAGUGGUGUAAAGCACGCUGCCACUGGACAAUAGAGCAGUGGAGACGUGUUCUCUGGAGUGAUGAAUCACGCUUCUCCAUCUGGCAAUCUGAUGGACGAGUCUGGGUUUGGCGGUUGCCAGGAGAACGGUAAUUGUCUGACUGCAUUGUGCCAACUGUGGAGGGGGGAUUAUGGUGUGGGGUUGUUUUUCAGGAGCUGGGCUUGGCCCCUUAGUUCCAGUGAAAGGAACUCUGAAUGCUUUAGCAUACCAAGAGAUUUUGGACAAUUCCAUGCUCCCAGCUUUGUGGGAACAGUUUGGGGAUGGCCCCUUCCUGUUCCAACAUGACUGCGCACCAGUGCACAAAUCAAGGUCCAUAAAGACAUGGAUGAGCGAGUUUGGUGUGGAAGAACUUGACUGGCCUGCACAGAGUCCUGACCUCAACCCGAUAGAGCACCUCUGGGAUGAAUUUGAGCGAAGACUGUGAGCCAGGCCUUCUCGUCCAACAUCAGUGUCUGACCUCACAAAUGCGCUUCUAGAAGAAUGGUCAAAAAUUCCCAUAAACACACUCCUAAACCUUGUGGAAAGCCUUCCCAGAAGAGUUGAAGCUGUUAUAGCUGCAAAGGGUGGGCCGACGUCAUAUUAAACCCUAUGGAUUAAGAAUGGGAUGUCACUUAAAUUCAUAUGCGUCUAAAGGCAGGUGAGCGAAUACUUUUGGCAAUAUAGUGUAUCUAAGAUGCAAGAUCAAUGCUCCAGAGAAGAGAAAUGGGAGUGGCCUGAAAAUGGUUGUUAACUAUCAGAUGGCAACAUAUGGAGAGUCAUCAAAACUGUGGAAUAAAUGGAACUAUGGGAAUUAUGAUCCAAACAAAAUCAAAAAUAAAUCAAAACUGUGUUAUAUUUUAGCAUCUUCAAAGUAGUCACCCUUUGCCUAGAAUUUGCAGACAUGUACUCUUGACAUUUUCUCAACCAACUUCUUGAGGUAUCACCCUGGGAUGCUUUUUAAACAGUAUCGAAGGAGUUCCCAUCUAUGUUGGGCACUUAUUGGCUGCUUUUCUUUAUUAUUUGGUUCAAGUCAUCAUUUUUUUUAUUAUUACAUUUUAGUUUUAUAAUGAAAUAAAUUAAUAUGGUGGCACAACUAUAUUUUUGUCUACAAAACUAAUUUCAAACAUUUAAGCAUAUGCCUUCAGAUCAAAAGAUUUUUAAGAUCAUGUGAAACAUUUCAGCCAAGUGUUUCAAAACUUUUGACCGGUAGUGUAAUUCCACGAUGGAGAAUACCACACAGUAUUAACUCAGAUCAAGGCACACACUUCACAGGGAAGGUCUGUCAAGAGGCAUGCAAGUUAUUAGGCAUGCAAUGGUAUUUUCACUGUCCAGGACAUCUGCAAUCCUCAGGCAUGGUUGAACGUGGCAGUUCUACUAUGAAAACUCGCCUGGCAAAAUAUAAUUCCUCCGGCACCCCCUGGAUGGAUGCUUUGCCUUUUGUCUUAUGUAGUAUGCGAGCCUCUGCUAACAAAGAAACUGGAUUAAGUCCUUUUGAAAUAAUCACCGGAAGGCCAAUGGCUUUACCAGGAACCCCUAAUUUAUCUACUGCAGAUGUACACAAUGUCAGACACACUGCUUUCAUACUGCUUGUCACUUACAAAAGCAGUGGCAACAGCCCAGCAUCAAGUUUUAAAUGUGUGGGGACCUCCUCCAGAGGGGGAACACAGCAUUGUGCCAGGACAGUUAGUGUAUGUUAAGAAAUAACAACAUGCAGGUUUAAAAUCUCAAUGGGAAGGUCCAUUUACGGUCCUUUUAGUCAAUUCAUCUGCAGUUAAAAUAAUGGGUAAACCUAGAUGGAGACACAUUAGUCAUUGUAAAAUUGCUACAAGGGCUGAGAGUGAACAGGGUGAAUCGCUGUAGACUGUCAUGUGAAGAACUAUAACUUUUAGUGGCAUGGGGGUCACCCUCAUGAUGAAGAUAGCGGGUGGGCUAUGGGAUAGCUUACACCAUAUCUACAGCUUAGUCUCCCUUGCUCUUCUCAGAACUUUUAAAAUCUUAGUAUAACAUCUCAAAUUCAUCUAAACCUUGAGAUAGCAUAUGACUUAAUAUAUAAUAAUUUCCUAGUAACUUGUAUGUAUCUUCUUUCUCCUUAUAGGUGACAUCCUAAAUCCUGGAUACACCUGAAGAUUGCACCAGUGAAAGAACUCACAAAAAUUCCCUCUAACAACAAAAACUGAUUAAUGUGAGAGUGGAGUGUUGAGAUCUUUUUAAAAUAUGGUUCAGCAUUUUAGGAUUCCCAGAUCUCAGUUCUUUAAGUAUUUACAGCUGCUCUGUACUAUUUUUGGGGGUAGUAGACACCCUCCUAAAGCAGCAGAUACUCUGGAAGUGGUGAUUACUGCAUUUGGAAAAGGCCAUGUGGCAUCAAUGUAUUACUCCCUGCUAAUUCAGAGUCUGGGAGAUGGAGCUUUAACUUUGCUCAUGAGAUUACGGGAGAAAGAUCUAAUCUUGGUAUUGGAGGAGGGAGUGUGGGCUAGGAUUCAAGUCUACAUCUAGAGAUGCAAGGGUGCGCCUUCUGCAAUUUAAGAUUUUACAUAGAUUCUAUUGGACCCCCUCUAGAUUGUAUAGCCUUGCCAAUAGCUUACAUCCACAUAAUGCUACGAAGUAUGCUCAUCAAAGCAAUUACUGGUGGAAAUUGUUAAAUCAUUCAUCAAACGUUAAUGGGGUUUCUAACUGCUGUGUGUGUGCUGAUGUUCCACAUUCAUCGGCUAAUCAAUUUAGAAUAAAACCUGUACCUGUAGGAAACAAUUGCACUUAUUGUGCAAGUGUAGUACUACAUGCUGCCUAUCACAUCGACUGUUUUCAGUUUUUAAGAAUCCUGAAAAAAACUAAUUCUAGCAAAAAUCAUUAUCAAGAAUGUUCAACCUUAUGUGAUAAGCACAAAGUACCGGAUAAAUCUUCUAAAUGUGAUGGAGCGUAUCCGCAGCCUAGCUCCAUGGUAUGGUACCAUAUACAAUGCUCAUACGAUUGACAAUAUUAGUAUGGAAUUAGAACAGUUUGCUAAUUUAACAAUUAAUGGUUUUUUGCUUAUGACACAAGAAAUGCAGAACAUCAGACUAGUAGCUCUUCAAAAUAGGGCAGCUUUAGACUACCUUUUAGCUAAAGAAGGUGGCUUUUGUGCAUUGAUGGGUGAUCAAUGUUGUAUGUAUAUUCCAGAUGUUCAACAAAACCUGACAGAUGUAUUAACCCAUAUGACAGCACUGAGAAAUUAAAUACAAGCUCUGAAUUCCAAUGUCAAACCUAAAGGGUUCAAUCUCAAAUGGUUAGAAAACAAGCUGAGUCCACAACUUUGGGAAAUUGGAAAAACAGUUAUAUUUUUACUAAUCUGUAUUAUUUGUUUUACAGUUAUUUUUAAAUGCAUUGUAUUACUCUUCAUUAAUAUGCUCAAGAGAUGUUUUGGCCUAUGUCAAAUUGCAACUAACUCAUCAAAUAUGGAUACUGUUAAGCGUGAUCUUUUGUUUACUUUGUAAUCUCAAAAUAUAUUAUUGAUAAGUGCUUAUACAAAGAAUGAAGGUUAUGACCUGUCUGCUUAGACAUGUAGAAGGAAAGAGUGUGGACUGGCCAUCCACCCCCUUUACUGAAUGAUUAUUAUGUUAUGAAUGUAUGCUUGCUUAAUUAAUCAUUUGGGCUUAACUCAUGAUUAAGAGGUGGGAAAUGAAGAAACACAAAAUGUAAUGCUCUAUGUAUAUCUGUUAAUGACAAGAGGUUAGGCAAAUUAGGUCAAAAGUGUCAGAUAGGGUUCUGCUCCUAUUUCGGAAGCUUCCAAAAUACAACCUGCACAUCCCUGCAGCAGGGUGCUUUGUGUCUUACCUUGUUUAUACAUUUGCUAAGAACAGAGUUGCAAAGGGAUGCAAAAACCUGUGUAUAUAAAGCACCUAUUCUUACUUAAACAUUAGAUGAAAACAACGGACAACAGACGAAGUCAACGACAUCGAAGACACAGAUAAACAUCUCUGUGUAUCACCAAGAAGAACUGUAUGCAAUCUGAUGAGCUCUAAUUAAAGCCGUUGAAGUCCAACUUCCAUCUCCCUCUCUUCUUCUGGAACACCUCAACCCUGGCUACUAAGAACGUAAGAAUCUGACAGGCUGAACCCCAAAUUGAGUUUUAACAAAACACAAGUUGCUACACCUUUAUGAAAACGGAGCUUCGAGAUCAUUUGAAAAUAUAACCCAGCAAUUUCAGAUUUCUAGGUCUCAAUUUUUCAGGUAUUUACAGUUGCACCAUCUACUUUGUUCUAUUUUUGGUGGUAGUACACAGCCUCCUAAAGCAGCAGACACCUCUGUAUGGUGCUCACAGCCUUUGGAAAGGGGCAUGAAGCAUCAGUGUAUUAUUCCUUGUUGAUUCAGUCUUGGUGACGGGGCCUUAACAUCUCUUAAGAGGUUAUGGGAAACAGAUUUUAACUUGGUAUUGGAAGAUGGAGAGUUGGAAAGUAUUUAAAAAACAUAUUAAAACUAUGUCUAGUGAUGCAAGGGUACACAUUCAGUUUAAGAUUUUGCAUCGUUUCUACUGGACUCCUUCUAGAUUGUUUAGGCUUGGCCUAAAAGACACACCUACCUGAUGGUGAUGUCAUUUGGAAGAUGGAGACAUAGGUGACAAAUAUACUAAAAGCUGGGUCCAAACUAGUUUAAUGAUUGGCAGACAGAUAAUUCUUAGCGGAUGGAAGUCAGUUGGUUCUCCCUCAUUUCAAGAAUGGUUCACCGAAUUGGGAAGGGUGGCGGCAUUUGAAAAGAUGUCAUAUAAACAGCUAGGCAAAAUAGACACAUAUGGAAAGAAAUGGGACAGGUAUAUGGCCUUUCUGGAGGGCUCUCAGAGAGGACCAUGUGGAGAGAAACAGAAUGGUGGUGGUAAUUGUAAAUUCUAUUCUUUGUGGAAUUCUUUCUUUUCUCUGUUUGUUGAUUUUUAUAUUGUUUUAUGUUCUCAAAUAUUUUCUUUUGUUUGUUUGCUUAUAUGUGUGCAUGGUGUAAUUUAUGCUUUGACCACAUGGCUAUUUGUUGAG